CUCUCUCUCUCUGCCCCCCUGUCCCUCCCUCUCUCUUGCUCUCUCUCUCUCUCUCUCUCUCUCUCUUCCCGUCUCUGUGGUUUGUAAGGUAGGUUGCAGUGUGUGUAUAUACACAACAUCAAGAGCAGGAAAAUGGACUCAUUAGGGAGGCAGGCAGUCAUUACCACUCACACUGUACUUCCAGGGAGACACCGAUUAUGAGAAGAGAAACUCAGCGCUGGGGAAGAAGGUAUACAAAAAGAAGUGUUAUGAAUUGCCAUUUGAAACUCUGAAGGCUGAAGAGUACCUGAUAAAUUCCAAGUCUGUUUGUGCCCGAUAGCAGACUGCCUGAAGUUACAUUUAGAGACUGAAAUCACUGCACCUUAAAAACAAAAGAUUGAGCUGCACUGUAUUCCUAAUCUCUCACCAUCGCUAACUGGAUAUUUCUCACAACAUUGCUGGCUGCAGUGGCUGGCACUUUUCCUCUGCAUUGUGAGAGAAAGAGAAUUGGCUGGAAUAAAACCUUGCUUUCCAUAUGUUCAACUUGAAAUGCAGCAUUGAAAAGUUCCUUGACCAUCAAUCUGUUGCCUUCCCCUUCUCCUUUGAUGCAGCCACUCUCUGUUCCCUGCCCCAAUGAACAUCUGCACUAGGCCCAAGCCUUGGAGUGAUUUACCUGAAGAGUGACACCAUUGAUUUGGAAACUACUGUAAUGGGAUGGUGUUUUACAGACGUCUCUGUUACUGGAAAACGCUAAACCUGGGAGACUAACAUCCCUCUUAGGCUUCAGAUGAGGAAACUGAAGCCCAGAGAGGUGAAGUGAGGUGCCCAAGGCCACACAGCAAGUUAGAGGCACAGCUAGUACCAUAGCUCAAGUCUCCUGACUCCCAGUCCAGUGCUCCUCCCAUUACUCCACGGGUCCUGUCUCUAAGCUUCCUGACAAAUGCUAGAACGGAAGAAACCCAAGACAGCUGAAAACCAGAAGGCAUCUGAGGAGAAUGAGAUUACUCAGCCGGGUGGAUCCAGCGCCAAGCCGGGCCUUCCCUGCCUGAACUUUGAAGCUGUUUUGUCUCCAGACCCAGCCCUCAUCCACUCAACACAUUCACUGACACACUCUCACGCUCACACCGGGUCAUCUGAUUGUGACAUCAGUUGCAAGGGGAUGACCGAGCGCAUUCACAGCAUCAACCUUCACAACUUCAGCAAUUCCGUGCUCGAGACCCUCAACGAGCAGCGCAACCGUGGCCACUUCUGUGACGUGACGGUGCGCAUCCACGGGAGCAUGCUGCGCGCACACCGCUGCGUGCUGGCAGCCGGCAGCCCCUUCUUCCAGGACAAGCUGCUACUGGGCUACAGCGACAUCGAGAUCCCUUCGGUGGUGUCAGUGCAGUCAGUGCAAAAGCUCAUUGACUUCAUGUACAGCGGCGUGCUGCGAGUCUCGCAGUCGGAAGCUCUGCAGAUCCUCACAGCUGCCAGCAUCCUGCAGAUCAAAACAGUCAUAGAUGAGUGCACACGCAUCGUGUCACAGAACGUGGGCGAUGUGUUCCCAGGCAUCCAGGACUCGGGCCAGGACACGCCACGGGGCACCCCUGAGUCAGGCACGUCGGGCCAGAGUAGUGACACGGAAUCGGGCUACCUGCAGAGCCACCCACAACACAGUGUGGAUAGAAUCUACUCCGCACUCUAUGCCUGCUCCAUGCAAAAUGGCAGCGGCGAGCGCUCCUUCUACAGCGGUGCGGUGGUCAGCCACCAUGAGACUGCGCUCGGCCUGCCCCGCGACCACCACAUGGAAGACCCCAGCUGGAUCACACGCAUCCACGAGCGCUCGCAGCAGAUGGAGCGCUACCUGUCCACCACCCCCGAGACCACGCACUGCCGCAAGCAACCCCGGCCUGUGCGCAUCCAGACAUUGGUGGGCAACAUCCACAUCAAGCAGGAGAUGGAGGAUGAUUAUGACUACUAUGGGCAGCAAAGGGUGCAGAUCCUGGAGCGCAAUGAAUCCGAAGAGUGCACAGAAGACACGGACCAGGCUGAGGGCACCGAGAGUGAACCCAAAGGGGAAAGCUUCGACUCCGGUGUUAGCUCCUCCAUAGGCACAGAACCCGACUCGGUGGAACAGCAGUUUGGGCCGGGGGCGGCCCGAGAUGGCCAGGCAGAGCCCACCCAACCCGAGCAGGCCACGGAAACCCCUGCCGACUCUGGCCCUCAGCCAAACCAGCUAGAAACAGGUGCCUCCUCUCCAGAAAGAAACAAUGAGGUGGAGAUGGACAACAGGGUCAUCACAGUCAGCAACAGCUCAGACAAGAGUGUCCUGCAACAGCCUUCAGUCAACACGUCCAUCGGGCAGCCAUUGCCAAGUACCCAGCUCUACUUACGCCAGACAGAAACCCUCACCAGCAACCUGAGGAUGCCUCUGACCUUGACCAGCAACACACAGGUCAUUGGCACAGCGGGCAACACCUAUCUGCCGGCCCUCUUCACUACCCAGCCCGCGGGCAGUGGCCCUAAGCCUUUCCUCUUCAGCCUGCCACAACCCCUGGCAGGCCAGCAGACCCAGUUUGUGACAGUGUCCCAGCCCGGCCUGUCAACCUUUACUGCACAGCUGCCAGCGCCACAGCCCCUGGCCUCAUCUGCAGGCCACAGCACAGCCAGUGGGCAAGGCGAAAAAAAGCCUUAUGAGUGCACUCUCUGCAACAAGACUUUCACCGCCAAACAGAAUUACGUCAAGCACAUGUUCGUACACACAGGUGAGAAGCCCCACCAAUGCAGCAUCUGUUGGCGCUCCUUCUCCUUAAAGGAUUACCUUAUCAAGCACAUGGUGACACACACAGGAGUGAGGGCAUACCAGUGUAGUAUCUGCAACAAGCGCUUCACCCAGAAGAGCUCCCUCAAUGUGCACAUGCGCCUCCACCGAGGGGAGAAGUCCUAUGAGUGCUACAUCUGCAAAAAGAAGUUCUCCCACAAGACCCUCCUGGAGCGACACGUGGCCCUGCACAGUGCCAGCAACGGGACCCCUCCGGCAGGCACACCCCCGGGUGUCCGCACAGGUCCCCCGGGCGUGGUGGCCUGCACAGAGGGGACCACUUACGUCUGCUCCGUCUGCCCAGCAAAGUUUGACCAAAUCGAGCAGUUCAACGACCACAUGAGGAUGCAUGUGUCUGACGGAUAAGUAGUAUCUUUCUCUCUUUCUUAUGAACAAAACAAAACAAACAAGCAAACAAAAAAAGAAAUAAACAAACAAAAAAGCUAUGGCACUAGAAUUUAAGAAAUGUUUUGGUUUCGUUUUUACUUUCUGUUUUUGUUUUUGUUUUGUUUCAUUUUUGUACUACAUGAAGAACUGUUUUUUGCCUGCUGGUACAUUACAUUUCCGGAGGCCGGGUGAAUAAUAGUUUUCCCAGUCUCCCUCGGAUGGUGGCCUUAAGGCCUGGUAGUACUUCAGGAGGUCCACUGGUUGGAUCUCUAGCUACUGGCCUCUAAAUACAACCCUUCUUUACAAAAAAAAAAAAAAAAAAAUCUUUUAAAAAAGUAAAAAAAAAAAAAAAAAAAAAAAGAAAAAAAAAAGAAAAGAAAAAAUUUUUUCACUUGUGAAGAGCACUACAAAAUAUAUAACAAAAUCUAAAAGGCCUACUGUCUUUAAGUACACCGCUUGCAGUGUUUCAGUGGACAUUUUCACAAUUCUGGCCGCUUGGACUUCACAGUAACCAGUUAAAACUGUGGAAUAUCACUUCUGGUUGAAAACCCAGAGGAAAGGCCCUGCUGUUUUCCACCUACCACGUUGUCUGAUUUCAUAAAAGGGCUGUGGGGGUGGCAGGGGGCAGUGGGUUCAGGAGUGUGGGAAAGAAUGUGGAAUGGCAGGCUUCUCCCCCAGAUUCUGCCACGUCCACACACCUGGCUCACCUCCUUCACAUCCCCCCUCUCAGCAGAAGCCAGGAAGACUUGGAGAAGCAACAAGCAACAGUGGCUAUCGUAUUUAUUCAGUGUCUUCGCUGAGCCUCAGCCUCAGCACAAUCAAGAGGGACUUUCAUGAAAGGCAGAAAUGCAGAUAAAACAAAGAUAUCAGAGAUUUGCACCUAUGUUUCUAGGUACAAGAGAAGGAUUAUUUCCAACAAUCUUUGCAAAAAAAAAAAAAAAAAAAAGAAAAAGUGUCAGGAUAUAUUCUUGUGGAAGAGAAAAAGAAAGAGGAAUGGAGGGUGGGGGGAACAAUAAAAAGUUCUCGAGGCUUUUUUAAUUCAAAAUUUUAUAGAGGGACAAAAGUGACGUUUACCAGAUAGAAUGCUGAUUUUUUUAAUAUAUUUACAACAGUAUUUGUGUAAAAAAAAAAACAAAAAAAAGUGAGAUUGUUAAAAGUAAUUUUUUUUUCAUUUUGGUUUUGCAUACACUGCCACCAAUCCCUUCUCUUUUAUUUUAUUUCACACACAUAUAUAUAUUUUUUUGGUAAGUCAAGACUGUUAAGGUUAGCAAUACUGCUUCCAGAUAGAAAGAAUAAAAGGCAACUAAAGUUAUAUUUGAAAGAGAGGAAGGUUAUUUUCUUCAUAUUUUUUUUAUUUUUCUUAAUUUUUAUUAUUUUAAGUAUUGCCUGGGUUGAUGAGGGCCUCUGUAGCCCACCCACCCCUGCUGUAAUUUGAACUGCUGCUUUGUAUUUUGAUAUGUAGUUCUUUGACUUUUAGCAAGCUUAAGUUGCUCCACUGAAUAUUUUCUUUCACUGAUCCAUGCAGAAUUCUGUUCUCUUUCAGGGGAGGGACUUCAUCUUUCAGAAGUAGUUUUCUUGCUUCUCCAAUAUUUCACUGGGCUCUUAUGAUUCUAGAAUUUCUGUUGACUGCUUUUUUCUUUGAUGAAACACUAGUAGUCUAGAUGUCUUGACAAAUGGGUUUGUCUGUUUUCUGGUCAGCCGGGAGGAGGACUUCACAAAGUCCAUACCUCUUCACUCUUCAGAACCCUACAAGCACCGCUGUGAGAAGCCUGUUACAAACAAUGAUGCAUUGAUGCCAAAAUUACUUUCUUCCUUUCCAGUGUCACCUUCUGACUCUUUCCACCAUGGCUAUGAGGGCUGAAUAAGACUAUCAUUCGUUAGAUGAGUUUAUCAAUCCUUGCUUUUUGGAAAGGUCUUAGGGAAAUUAACCAUUUUCCUGAUGCCGACACCCACCAUUCAAAAGGCCACCAAUGUACUGCAUCUUCCCAGGUGCCACUCUCUCUUCCUAGUUGGGAUUUCUCUCCUCGGUCUGAUCAAGAUACCAUCAAGGAGAUUUUGCUGUUAUAGUGUCCUGAAUAGAUUCCAACAAAAAUAGGACUUUUUAAACCUAACAGUACUCUCAAAGUGAUUUCAUAACAGGCAUGUUUUAACACACUUAAAGGGAAAAGUAAAUCUUUGAACAAAACAAAAAUGCCAAACUAUAAUUUUAAAAAGAAGAAAGGAGAGGAUAUUUUAGUUUCAAAAUUACUCUACAUUUUAAUUUAAUUUUCCUUCUAAUUUUCCUGUUAGUGUUUUAUUUACAAAAUCCAUGCAGCAAAUAAGGGAAAAUCUUCUAAGGCAAGCAACUCUAUAAUAACUAAAUUGGUUUUAUUCAUAUAUUUUAGACAUUUGGUUAACUUGGAUGUUUUCCAUAAGUUCUUUGUGAUGUUUAGUAGAAUUCGUGCAACUGGAGUGUUUGUGAGUUUUAUUUGUCCUCCAGUAGAUAUUUUGCUAGAAGUUUUCACGUAGACUUGGAUGGUUAACUGGUUACUAAGUAUCACCCAUUUUAAUUUCUAAGAGGAAUUCUACCAAGGACACUGUAUCCAAAACUGACCUAUAAAAGUCAAUGAGAAAUGGCUUCAGAAAUACAAAAAGUCAAUUUUUCUAUUGCCAGUUUUGCUUUUUAAAAUAUUAAUGUGGACUCUGAUAUUUCCAUUAACCACCAAUAGAGGGAGCAUUAAUUAACUAUGCCAUGGAAUUGAUUGAUAUUUUGGUAAACAAGUCAUUCAAUCCAUAAAAUUUUAAAAAAUUAAGAUUGAGGGGAGAAAACUUCAAAGGAAAAUGACAUGAAAUCAAUCAGCAUCUUUCAAAUGAAAGAAGGUCAAAAAUCACUAUAAAAUAUUUUCAAUUAUCUGACCUUUGCAAAGUAGACAGAAUUAUAAUACCUCCAGAAAAGUUGGUUUUGAGUGCUGUUUGGGUCACGUUUAGCUGUCUGCUUCUCAAAUCUGGGGUAGGCCCAUUUGCCUUAAUGCUGAUUUGCUGUUCUAGAAAGGUAAACAAUUGGGUUAAAAUCCACCUUUUGUUGUAGAGCAUUUAGAGAAAAAAAAAAAAACUACAAGUGACUUGAAGCCCUGAUGUCCUCUCUUCCCUGUAAAGAAAGUAUCUCUUUUAAAAAAACAAUAUUGGGGGCCCCAAAAGAAUUCUGGUUGAGGUGAUAUAAUCAUUGUAGACCAGCACAAAAUGAACUGCCAGGUUUGGAUGGUGUAGACUUGUUCACAAUGUGUCUUUUCCUCCCAUACAUCUCCCAGCCUAAAAUAAUUGACAAAUUAUUAUUUGAGAACAGGCGAAAACUAAGUCAGAGAGGGGAUUCCAAGCUGGGGGAGCAAAGUUGCUGUGAGACUGUAUGUCUGGCCUCCGAAGACAUAAAGCCUCUGGCUUUCCAAAUUGACCCACAAUUAGAAAAUAAAUGAAUCUGCACCUAUUUCAAAAGGAUGCAGAUACUUUCAGAUUGCCAACCCACAAUCACAGUUAAAACAUCACAAAUAUCUCAAAAAAUAGAAAAACACAUUUGGCCUCAAGAUCAGAGAAUCAUUAUGAAUUCCUUAGUUUUUUUGGUGGGGGAGUUCAAAUCCUAUAAUUUUCUUACAUUUAGACCUUCAACCUAGGAUGCUAUCAAUACUAAAAGAAAAGAAAAUUUCUUUUAGUAACCAAGAAAAAGAUAAGAUCAAAGCAGAUCCUUGAAAUUUAAGACCUCUUAAGAUGAGUAUCAGGAAUAAAAAUUGGCAUGGAAAAGAACAUUUUUUAGCAAUGUAUAAUUUUUAAAAGAAUUUGCUGGACAAAAAAAAGAAAAAAAAAGUUAAAAGGGAGUGUUUAUCUCAAGACAUUAAGAUAUAUACUCUGUGAAAAAUAAAAUUUCCUAGCACUAAAAACAUUGGUAGUAUCCCGGCAUAGCAGGUGUUUUUUUUUUCCUAUUAAAUACCAAUAUUUGUGCAUAAAAGAACCUCUAAAUAUAUAAAAUGUAACCCUAAAAAGGAAAGAAUCAUAACAAAUGGAAUCUAAAAUGGGGAAAGACUGAAAAAACAAGCCAGCACCCCCCCCCGAAUUGAAAUAUUUUUAAUAUAUAUUUUAAUUGAAUUGUAAACUUUCACUCCUCAUGACAGUUUUAUACACGUUUUCCUUCCCAAGUUCCUAAUACUAUGAAUCUAUUUCUGUCCUGAGUAAGUGUAAUAAAGUCUCAGCUCUUUUAUAGGUGCAGACCAUCCCCUUCUCCUAGACGCUUUAAGAGGUCACAGUAGCUCUUAGCCUUAGAAAGUCUUGGGUUUUCUUUGUUUAGAAGUCACAGAGGUUUCAUUUGUAUCAUCAUAAUAUUCUAUAAGAACCAAGAAAACCUUUUCAUACCUACAAGCAGGGAGAAUGUAUGCAUUCUGAUAACGAAAAAGGAAAAGGCUUCCUUUGUGUUUGUGUCACUUUAAGUCCUAACACCUUACCCUGCAAGUACUUCCAUCAUGCGAACACAUCAGCAGUAUAUGCCCUGCUCAUUCCACCAAAUCAGUGUUUUCUCUCAUCACACAAUCAAAAAUGAGGCGUGUCCCUUAUCAAAUCCCUCAGAUGCCCAGAAAACAUAAUAAAGGCUCACGUUGCUUCCUUGCAGAGACUCCUCCAUGAUGUUCCUUACACCUGUUGCCCUUAGGAAAGGGGGAAGCGAAGUAGAUCUGGCUGGCACACUAGAUAUGCCCCUCCUGGAGCCUUCCUCUGUGUUUCCUGAAGAUGUUAUUUGAUUAGUUAGGACUGAGGGCAGGGGAUGUAUGAUUCUGCAGAAGAGGUAUCAGAUGGUGGCAUCAGGCCUGCCUCUGCUACAGCCAGUGUGUGCUGCAGACAGGGAACAAAAGGAAGGUGACAUGCAGAAGCAGACACAAACUGAGAUGCCCUGGGGACUGAGAACUGGAGGGGGCUCUUUCUGUUGUGACUGGAUUCUUAAAAGAAAUCUUCUAAAAGAAUUUUUAAAUUUAGUAAUGAGUUGAAGUCCAGGGUAAUGGAAGCUCUGGGGAAGAGUACAAAAGAAUUGCAAAAUGUAUUUAUUCAGCACCCGACAAUGCUAAACCUGAAAACAUCCAAUCGAUAAACUAGGAAGUUUGGCAAGAGGUACUUAGAGAAAUCUCUAUUUUUUUCCCUUGGGUAGGGUGGACAGUUUCUUUUGAGUGAUUUCCGGCUCUGAGAAACUUCUUUACUUGCUAGAAAAUAACUUUAUUUAAAUAGUCAAUUUUGUCCCCUGGAAAAAAGAAUUAAAAAUAAUGAUAAUAAAAGGAAAAAAAAAAUAGGACACCAGAGACAGAAUCAAGUGAGUUGGUGACAAAUUAAAGAAAGGGUGCACUAGAAUUUCAACAGACCCCUAAGAUCAUAGAGAAAGCAAAGCAACCCACUACCCUUAGCCUGCCACUCUCAAGUCUGCAGUGAAUCAGGAAAGCCUUGAGCUGACCCAGUCAAGGGGCUUUCUGAAAUCAGACAGAUCGUUCCAACGGGACCACCACAACCUUUUUCCCCUUUCUGUGUUUUCCUGAAGAAAAGUGUUGUUCUCUUAGGUACCCAGAAAACAGAUUACACGGGGCAAACUUUCCAAAGCAAUCUCUGCCCAGUGCUCCAACUGCAUAGGAAGACAGAAAAGGGGCACCGAAAAGAGGUCCUUGGGGGAGAUUUUUUUUUUUAAUUUCCAAAGGCUUUAUGUAUAAUGUUCUCAUUUCUGAUACUACUUAAAACCUCCCCAAGAGGAAAGGUUGUGGUGACUUCGUGUUCCUCUAAACACAGCAUGUGGAAACUAUUCAUCCAAAGCAUCAUUUCUAGCACUGGGUAUCAAGAUGAUCAGCCUGAACAAAGUACCCCAAAGAUUUUCUAAGUCUCUGAAGACUUUUUUUUCUUCUUGAACACUGAAUCCAUAGUAAUCAGUGAUGUACAUUAGCAGAUCCCAAGAAAUGACAAUGAAAUGGUAGUGUUUUUCCAUUCUUCUUAGGGCAAAUAAGUAGAGGAUGAUUGUACUAGUUCUUUUUCAGAACUAUGUGUUUCCUCCUCACUGAAUGCCCUGGGUUAAAACAAGAAAAAUCAUCUUUCCACACCACUAAAACAACCUGUCAUUCCAGUGGCUUCUUUAGGCCCCGCCUGUUGCUCCAUAGACCAAAUACUUUCAGGCUAAAAUCUAAUCUUAAGUGACCUCAGUUAAGGUAUUUUCACAAGAAGUCACUUAUAGUACAGAAUUAUUGCCUUAAGUCAGAAUUCCCAGGAAAGAGGACAAAAGACACAGAAAUUGGAAGGCUGUGACGACAUGGACAUUUCUUGCUUUUUAAUGGUUGCAUGAUAGCAAAAAUAAGCCCUAUUCAUGACAAAGGACUCUGGAAGCCGUGACUUCUUGGGGAGGCACCAAAGCUGUCCAGAGUUGGCCACUCUCAGGAAGUGGCUGAUAUUUUUUGCCUACUCAUUUUCAUUGAUGGGUCUGGGCUUAGUGUAAAACAAACAUAUUGCUAAACAGUGCCUCCCAUAAAGCAUGAUCACGGGUCUCUGGGAUGCCGGUUUCAAACAUUUCCUUAACAGGGAGAAUAAUCCCAACAAAAAGCUUGCUUUCUCUCUAUGGUGUAUAUCUCUAAACUCUUUUCCUCUCGGGUUUUGGAGUGCAUCUGGUUUAUCUGGUGGUUCUUUGUUUAACUGCAAAUUCUCAACUUUCGCAUCUUCAGUGAAAGAGAAUAAUCUGCAGAUCAUGAACAAAACCUAGCCACUAUCCUCGGGAGUCUCAACUUCUGGGAUACCUAAUUAGAGUAUAAAAGUUCCUACUAACCCUCUUUCAGAUUCAGAGGUUUCUUGGUUCAGAAUGCCUAAAUGCGAGGUUGAUACACCCAAGACAGAAAAAAAAAAUUAACCCCAUAGAAGACAUCUGUUUCUACUAUGUUUGCAACAGUUGUCAUUGCCCACAAUGUCAUUGCAAUUUAUUCUAGUAAUGAAAGGUCUUAACUCAUCCAGUGUGGCACAGCUGUGGUCCAGAAUGUCUGUACAUCAUGCGUGUGCACACGCAGUAUGAGGUUCUCUUAGUUCAAAACUAUUCCACAUUCAUAUUACCUAGUGAUGGCCAGAUAUUUGGAAAUUUCCAGCUAGAACUCAAAAGUCUAACAUAGCUCACAUACCUGCUUCUGCUCUGCUGCCUUACUCAGGUGCAUCAGUAUCUGGGAUGAGGCUUAAGGGCAUUCUGAAAGAGCCCAACCAUUAGUAAUUUCUAUUUAUCCCUUUGAUGAAAAACUUGAAAAAAAGUGCUACUCUUCUAUUGGAUUUACUGAUAUGUGUUUGUCUAUAUUUAUUGUCAUCUGGGUGUGUGUGUGCAUCUCUCAAAAGAAGCACACACAGGCAGAGGUCCUGGUGCAUAGAUGCAGUUGUCUCUUCCCACCAUUGUGCCCAGAUUUGUGGCUUCCUUCCCAGGAAGUAGUCACCUGCCCACUCUUGCCUUUUACAAUGUUUUGGAAUUGGAAUAAAUAAAAGCAGUUUGUUGGCUCCACAGCAAACCCACAGGGACAGGCUGUUUUCCUCCAGAAGAAGGUGGAACAUAAGUACUCAACUGUGGAGCAGAACAGAGGGAGUAACAAUCAAGGGCAUCUCACCAGGUCUCCUGGAGGGGGCAUUAAAGUCAGGCAGGCAAGGCCCAUACAAACUUUGGCCUGAGUCAUCCCAUGACUCCAUUUCUUUCCUUUCUGAAACCCAGUAUGGGUACACACUCACACACAAGAGCCCACAUGUGCAUUUUGACUCCCAGAUGAAAGCUUCCUAAUACUUCCUGCAUUUGCAGGAUCUUGUCAUCAUUUACGAACUGUCUCCUGAAACCAGUGUGGCCUUUGCCAAAGUCUUUCCAGGAGUGGGUUGUUUACCAUGUCUAGCAAACCAAUAGACUAUCAGGGGAAUAUUUGGGGGGAAUCUCUAAGAAUUGAUGGCUCUUGCCCAUCUCAAAUGUUAAAGUAGAAUGUCACUCUAGUGUAAUACACUGGGUGAAUGGACCUGGCUCUUGUAGCUGACUCUGAUGGCUUGGUGGUCCAGAAACAGUCGGAUUGUUUUUUCACUUCAUGCCCUCCUUUUACUAGAUGGUUUAUUAUUUUUUAUGACAUGUAGAUUAUUUCUGCUUUACAGAUUUCAGAGGACAUUUGUCUUUCCUCUUCUAUUUUGGUGACUUCCCCUGCCCCAUGAAGUAAGGCUACUUACAUUUGCAACUUUUUUGUUAUUAUUUUUAAAAAUGUAUGUUGUCUUUCUAUAUCCAAAAGAAGUCUGUGACUGUAACCAUACGUAUUUCUUUUUACUGGAAAAAAAAAAUGAGUUCUGUUUUUUGGGGUUUUUUUUUUGUUUUGUUUUGUUUUGUUUUAAUUAACAGUACUAGUGACUUUGUGGAAGAAUAUGAGUUACUAUUUAGGUAUGCUUACUUAAGUAUAGUACACUACAUUGCAGUAUUUCUGAAACCUAGAACAUACACACUAUAUAUAACAACUCUAUAUUGAAAUAUAUAUUACAUUAUAUUCAUUUUGACUUUUGAAUCUGCCUAUGAUCAUGAGUUGAUUGACCUAUUAUUUCUUUGCAUAUAUCACCCAUCACCAACCUGCUGCAGUUAAUCUGGUGCGUUUAAUACUAAUCAUUACUGCUCUAGUUUGCUUUUUAUAUUAUCAGCUUCAGUAUUGUCUUUAGAGGAUUUUAGGAUUUUUUUAAGCUCAGACUUAGCAAAUGUAGGAAAGUAAAAACUAUUUUUUUUUUUUUUUUGGUGUGGCUAAUACAAAGAGGUUCAUAUUCUAAGUGAUCUUGUUGAGCUGACCCUCUCAAUAUCUGAAGUACAAAAGUGCAUAUGAAUGUAUCUGUGAUAUUUCCCCCUCUAGGACUGUCAUUAUCUGUAUUUGCUUCUAAAAAUACGACCAUGGGGCUGCUCAACCUUCACAUGACCUGACCAACUAACACAAGCUGCAUUCAAAGGGCUGCUCUUGUGAGAAGCACAGGACAGGGAAAUGCCUAGUUGUCCCAGCUGUAUUUUCAAACAUUGAUUUUAAAUACCAGUUUCUUACUGGCUACUUUCUGUUUUCAAUAUGCUUACAAUUAUUUUAACAAGUCUUCAUUUCCCUGGAGGUAGUUUGGCAAUAUAGUGUUCAUUUUCCCAAGAGAUUUCUUUUUAAACUAAAGCCAGAGUUUGAGGAACUUUUUAUUGACAGAGGCUAAUGCAGAACUCAGAAAUAUAUAUCACAUUUUUCAGUCUUCGGAAUCCAUAAAAUGAUGGCUCUUGGGUAUCUGGCCCUCAGAAUCUCCACUUGCCUAUAAAGGUGGGGAUUUGGUGCCUUUCCUCUUUAACAAGACCCAUGGAACUUUCAGAAGUCAGGCAUCCUAUCUUCCUAUAUAAAAAUGAUUUUUAGAUAGUAUUUUGAGAUUAAAGAGUUCCUUCAGCUUCCCUCUGCUCUUCAACCCAGUGUCUGGGAAACAUCAGAGUUGGAUCCAUUUUUCAUCUAUCUUGGGCUCACGAGACCAGCCUCAUUUCCUCCAUUCUGUAUUCAGGACAAAACAAAACAGCUUUUCAUAAAACUGUGUAAAAACCUUCCUGCCUUGGACCAACAUUAAGGCUUCUCAGUGUGAACACACCAAUUCCUUUCUUCCAUCUUCCCUGAGAGAUUAUUUUCUGGUCUCAUCCUAGUCUGCCAUACCUUGUCCAGCCAAUCUGCCCCAACCCCACCCAAGCUCUCCUCAGUCCCCUGGUACUCACUAAGGCACCACCACUCUUAGUCUCCUUGAAAGGGCUCAUGAUGAGUCUAAGAGCAAAAUCAACAAUGUAUUCUCCAUUUUCAACUAAACACAUUUCUACUAGACAAAUGUGAUUGUAAAUUGACCGUUCCUGAAGCUUCUGUACGUGAAGCCAGAGAUCACGUACCCUCCAAAUUGUAUCCAAUUUGGAUCACCUUAUUAUUUUCCUCAUUCCUUUUCCUAACCUGCUCUAUUUUUUUGUUUCUUUUUAAGACUACUAUGAAUUAGCUUUUGUCUCAUCACUGCCCCCCCAAAUUCCAAUACUACGUUCUGAUCCCCGACUGUUCAUUUCUCUUCUUCCCCCUACCCAUUCUGAAUGUCCUUCCUGAAAUGAGUUCAUAAACUUGAGACUCAUAGGCAGAGUGAAGCAUGUCUUCAUUUUAGCUCCAGAUUUUAAAAGUUGUCAAUAUUCUUUUGAGAGUGGGAGGACCUGAGUCACAGUUUUAAAUGUCAACUGUACUAGCUGAGAUCAUUAAUUCCUCUCACCUUCACAUUUGGCCAAAGAUAAAGAGAAAAGUAUUUCUGGUUUUUUUUUUUUUUUUAAUACCACAGUUUUCAAAUUCUUGAUAUGAAUAGACCAUCUCUGAGAGAAAAAUUGCUAAUGCUGACUAUUUCAACCCCUGCUAAUACUUAGCCGAACGUCAUAUCUACCAGGUACUAGAUUUACAGAAAUCUAAAGAAAGGGGUAACAUUUCAAAAUAACUUGGAUAACCGUUGAAGUUUUAGUGAGCUCUUCUCAAACAAGUAAAGUCACUGCUACCUAAAUGCAUUGCAAAGGAAAUUAGGAAGAAUUUCUUUACUUAAUACCUUUUUGAAAAGACAAUUUUCAGUUGACUUAGAAAUUUGAGCAGUAAUUUAUUUAAGAUAUGAAAAGAUCCAUAAAGAUUUUCAAGUGUCUAUUUUGCAACCAGAGAUUGCAAUAUGUGCUUAAAGAAAAUAUUAAUAAGGCUGGAUGGAUACUCUAAGGGCUGUGCAGUAUACUGCCCAAUUCCAGAAUACUCACCUUGUAAUUUGGUCAUUGUGCUAGAUAUCAUUCCAAUGAAUUUCAACUGUCUGGUCUUCAAAGCAUUUUCCAGAAGACUGAUCCCAUUUGGGGUAUAACACUUUCAGGAUUCUUUAAAUGUCAUCUCUUCACAAUAACCCUCUUAACAGUCUUCCUUGACUUUCCAGUCUAAUGCCCUUGCCAUGGUACCAGAUUGCCCCUCAGCUCAUACAAAGACAGAUCUUGUGACAGGUAGAGCAUUGCCUGGUUUUAAGUGCACAGGGAGUAUGGCUUCAGAUCUUGAUAAACAGAAUCAACAUUUAUAAUUAUAAAUGUAUUCUUAUUUGACUUUAGGCUUGACCCGGCUUUUGUCUUAAUCAAACCAAUUUGUAGCAUUGAUUCACACAUAGAGAGCAAAAAAAUAAAUAGAAGGUCCAAAGGUCCUGAGGCAUGCAUCUAGCAGGAAAACAAUGUUUCUUAAAGACAAUAUUUACAUUGCUUAAAACUAUGCCCUUCACUUGGCAUGUUCUUCUAGUCAGUUCUAUCCCCUUCUCUUCUUUUGUCCAUUCUGACUCCUGGUAUUGGUUUUUAAAGUGCUCUUUAUCUAAAAUACUCUUCUCCUUAGGCAUUGCUGUGUGAAGGAACAAAAGAUUCUUUUCUAAAUCCUUAAAUACUAUCAUGUAUAUGUGUAGUAGGAGAGGAUCUGGUCCCGAUGGAUCCCAUCUUGUCCAGUUAAUCCAGAUUGCCUUCUAUUUUCCCAAGAAAAGUUCCAACCCUGAGACCUGGGACACAACCCCUGUUAGUCGCAGAUUAGUGACUAAAUCUCUUAAUAUUCUAGAGCUCCAAGGUGUGAAUUUCAUAUUGUUUGUGAGUCUCCUGUUUUUCCAAGCUGACACCUCUCAGUAGCACCAACAGCCCUAACAUUAACUAAUGCAGCAAAAUAAUGGUCAGAAACACUAUAGUAUAUAUUUGGAAGGGAUUAGGAAGGGAUUUUUUUUUCUUUGUUUCCCCAUAAAAAGCUUGCUUCUCCCUCAUCCCCGCAAUGCAUUUCAGAAAGUCUGCAUCUCAUUUUAUAGAUAUGUAGUUUUAGUUAUUUGCAAAUGUAGCUUAGAAAAUGUUCUGAGAUUGAGGCUGGUAGCAAACAAGUUUAUUUUCUGCACUGGACUUUAGGACAAGUGUGCACAGAUACAAUUCCUUCAAAGAAAGUGAAACAUGGUAAAGCAAAGGGAUAAUACUUUUACACAUUAAAACAGUUGUUUGCUAUCUGUAAACCUUGAUUUAAGCAUAAUUAUGUCUUUUUAUAAAUCUGAAACUGGAGGAAUGUGUAUUUUAGUAAAGUUUGUUUGUUGAUUUGUUUCUUUUUCUUUAUCUUUUUCUUCUCAAGGUAGUUUAAGAUUUUGAUUCUUUAAUUUGGUACUGUCCAUGGGUAGUCUAAUAACUAACGACCGCCACAGUCAUUUUCCCCUUAGCAGAAAAGCUUUCUAUCUUACCAUUAGGGAAUCUUUCCUCCGUGAAAAAUCUUUGUUUUUCUAAUGGCACUUGAGAACUUUGAGGACAGAAAUUCUCUCUAUGCUUAGAGCAUAGAAUAGUUCAAAUAAAAAUUAUUCCUUGAGGAAGAAACCCUAUUUGCCCAAACUAACAGAUUUCCAGCCAAAGAAUGGGAAUUGAUGCAGAUGAAGGUCAUGCAUUUUAUACUACAAAUCCUUACUGCCUCCUCAAAUCCUUCCUGGAAUAAGGAUAGGGAUAAAUUAAUUUAAUUCGAUUGCCCUAUAGAUGUUUCUUUUUAGUAACUAGUGUAGAAUACCCAGCAAAGAAAAAGAAAGUGUGCUAAUAAAAUGUCAAACUCAGUUGAUCUAUAGAUUUUUAUAAUUAUAUGGAUUUCUUUAAUCUUCAUUUCAAGACUGUAUGUGUUCAUGAGGUCUGAAACAGAACAUCUACUUCCCCAUUGCCUCUCAUCUCACCCACCACCCAGGCGCUGGAGAUGGUAGUAAGUGGGAGAUUGUAACUGCAUCACUAGUACUUCACCUAUCCAUACUCCAUCAUCACAGAAGAAGAAAUACCCAAGUGAGAAACUAGUGGGGGGGGGAUUUUAAUGCUUCAUUUGAAUGCAUACUGUUUUUCAACUCAAUUUACAGAUAGACUGACAACCUUUUAGUAACCAGUCUAUUGUGCUGCAAUUUACAUUCUUGGUCCACUCUUUAAAUUAUUUGCAAUUUCAAUUAAGUGAACAGAGGCAAAGCAAAAAGAGGAAGCAGGACAAUGUGAUGGGACCAAAUUUGAUAGCAUCCUGGAUUGCUUAAGCCAGUUUUUAGGAUUACCAGAGGAAGUUGUUGCAACUCCUCCUUGUCUUGGCCGCCUGGCAUGAUGAUAGUUCGAAGAGUUAGUAUGAUACCUAUACUUACUUAAGACUAUUCUUACUGCUUUCAAACCCAUCUAAAGAAUUUGUAGAAACCCUAUACUGCUCCUAUACCUAAUCUGCUCUCCAGGAUACAUGAGGAGCAUGCAGAAAGAUAACUGAAAAUAAUGGCUCAAAUUUGAGAUAAGAUUCUGCUAUAGUCUGAAGUACUUUGGGUGUGUUCAUCGCUAGGGGAAUAUUUGCAAAACAAAACUCUACUCCUGCUAUCCUUGGGACAAACUUUGAUCUGGAAUCACCUGUAGUUUUAUAAUAGAAAAAUUUCAAAGGUAUUUUCAGAAGUUGAACUUCUUCCUUAAGUCCCACUGAUUUGAACUUCACUUUUCCUAAGGAAACAUUAAGAUAUAAAUUAAGGACAAUUUUCAUAUAUCUAAUUAAAAUUGACUUUUGCACUAUUGUUGAAAGAAUUGUCAUUUUUCAGAGUACAUGAAGGGGAAUGUCUUGUAAUCCUCAUCCUAUGUAGCAAACAAAGAUGAGAAGCUGAUGAUAGAGAAAUAUCAGUGAUAAUUUGCUGAUCCCAGUAUGCCAGGCUCCUUUGUUCUGUGAUCUAUUCUAAACUGCACAGGGAUUCACCUGAAACUCCCAAUACAUGUGUGGGUCUGAGCAUACAAGUAGAUUCACAUUCUCGGAGUAGCAAUCCAGACAAAGAGACAGAUUCUUGGGGAUCAUCAAAGGCAAAACAUUUCUCCAGAAUCACUCAUUGUCACAUCUCAAACUGAUUCUAGAUUCAUCUUAGCGAGAAGUGAGCGCCAUAAGAAAUCCUACUAUGAAUUUUUUUCUUGCUGAAUAAUAUAAGAAGAAAUACAAUGCUGAAUCUUUAUUUUGGUAUAAUAAUUUACUUUCAUAUUUAAUAGUUGUACUUUUUGUUUAAGUGUGUCAUUGAGUUAUUUGAACCAGUUUUCAAUCCAUCAUCCUGAGAGGGGCCUUGAGAAUUUCUGUGUAUGUGGGAGUAUCUAUAUCUGUGUGUAGUCAGGGGAAAAAGUGAAUAGAAGAGGAAUGAAGUGAGGGGAAACAUGGUCACUGUAGGGAAGUGAGCACUCCUAGUGCUCUGUGUGUUAGGUAAGGUAACUGCUGCCUGUAGCCCUUGAAGAAGAGCUGAUUGCACUAUUCAAAAAUAAGAACCCAGCACUGUUAAAUUUAGGACCUGUUUUGGGAAACAGGAAAUUUUUAUCUUUUUCUAUACCCAUUUCCCUUAGCAUGGAGCCAUUUCACAUGAUAAAAACCCAUUAAAUAAAAACCACUACUGACCUUUGCAUUAAGUAGCUCUUUUCCUCUUCUAAAUAAUAGCCCUGAUUUCAUUUGACUACUUCCUUUUCUUUUCUGGCUAUCAACUUCAUGUUUUACAGAGUAAUACAUAGGUGCAUGCUAGUUGUUUCUCGCUUUUGAGCUAAAAAAACAAGGACAACAAAAGAGAUGAUUUAUAGAAGUGUAAGGUGAAGACUGAAUUUCCCACUUUUGUAGCACUGGUAUCUAUUAAGAAGAGCUGUUUGGGGUUGAACUUUGAGUCUGGUUUUUUUGUUUUAUAUUUUUUUGUUUUUUGUUUUUAUUUUUUGCACUAAGUAUGACUGCACUGCACUGCACUACUGAAAUGUAUUUACUUGUGCUGGGAGAAAGUGUGUUAGGAAAGAAAGAGAAAAGUUAUAAAAUGAGAAACAUCACAAAAAUGGAGAGUUAUUUCCAUCAUGCUUGGUUUUAGCAGGGUUAGUGAGAAUCUGUGGAAUCUUGCCAACUCUUGUUCAAGCCUAGAAACUGCCACGCUGAUUAAAAAAAAAAAAAAAAAAAAAAAAACCUGUCUUCUUAUUGUAAAGAAGCUGGUUCAUACAGCAAACUGAGGGCAUUCAAGAAGAAAUUUACCCAAUGUUGUUUCCAGCUAAGCUUUUCAGUAAGAGUUGCCAUAGCAAGGAAGCGAACGGAUCAACUGAUAAUGAUGUUGAAGUCUUCCUCACAAAGCCCCGGCUGGUGCAUGUGUCAGUGUGACAGAGGGUAGUGGUACUUGCUCCUUACAAUAAUAAAUAAAUAAAUAACCUUGUUCACAUUAAGAUAUCCUUUCAGCCUGAGCACACUUUUCCAUCCCUGGGUGAAACCUAGAUUGGGCUAACCAAAGAGGAAGGCCAUGCAUGUGGUAGAGUCCUUUAGGAUGACAGUAAGGGAACAGUGCAAUAAACACUGAGAACCAGUGAGGUGAAAGGUUUAUUUUGAAACAAGCUAGGCCAACUUUAAAAUUGGAGAAAGGGUUGGAGGGCUAAUCAGAACCAAACAGCUGCUCCAUCACAGACUAUCCUUAGUAAGAAGAGACCUUAACAGUGCCUAAAAGUUUAGCUUUGAGGUUUCCUUUUUUUCCUAACUUUUCUUUGUUAGAUUUAUUUUUAUUGCCUUUUUUAAUCUUAGAAGCAAUCAGUUUGACAGCUCUUUAGUAAAUGUUAAUAAAAAAAUCUUGCACCACAGGAAAAGUAAUAGGUUGUAUGGGGAAUAAUGAAACAAGAGUGAAAAUGCUGAGGGACUCUUCCAGAACCAGGGUGACAGCUUUGGAAAAUUCUGGUUCUGGAAGAAAGGAUCACAACCUAUAUCAACAACUAAUGUUGAAUUUCUCUGAACACUAUCACAUGUGAGAUCAUCAAUUUGGAAAACUCUCAGUUGAGGCCUCUUUCCUAAGAUUACAACAUUGAUAUCUGUCUCUUUCUUUCCUCCUUACCAUCCGUCCAAGUUUACCAUUCCAAAUUUUUAAAAAUUUAAGGAAGUUGUCAGCCUUGCUGGUUAGAUAAACUCCAUGUAGAUCUUUCAGAACUAACAUUAGCAAUCCCUUAUUAAUUCAAGGCAUUAUCUCUGUUUUAAAUAAGAAACUCUCAAUUCAGAGCCCUUAACAAAUAUUUAUUGGGUAAGCACUAAGAGGAUGUGACUACACCAAACCAAAGCUGAGGAAAUAAAUAGUUGAUCUUUUAAAAUAUACUCACAUUAAACGUUCUAGGAUACUUCUCUUGAGGUUUUGGGGGACAAUUUCUUCCUUGAAUCUUGCAUACCCACUCCAGUUCUGUCACCAAAGAUUUUAAUCUCCAGAGCCCAACCUCUCUCUCAGACAAAAGUACUACAGUAGGCUCAAGGGAUAUGCUUUUGGUGUUCAAGGGAUUACACUUUGGUUUUCCUUUCGUUUGUAGUGGUAUUAACAGGAGAACUUGUCAGUGGAGGAGUUACUGAACUGUCUUUAUGACUUAGGGUUUGGUCACUGGUUUGAAAAAAUAGGGACAAAUACACAUUAGUGCUUGACACUGUUAACUGUCUUUAGUAGUCAUGACCUAGAGACUGAUGGAGAGAAAGAAACUUCCAAGGAAGAGAGUGAACUCAAUCUUUGGAUCAUUGGUGAAACAUAAGGCAACAUGUAUGUAAGUGCAGGUUGGGGCUCUACAUGGUCAGGGUCAAUAGCAGUGGCCGAUGAAUGCAAGUCUUGAAAAACCUGGGUCUAGAUUUUGUUGUGGUUGCUGGAGGGUUGAAAUGCCCAAGCCCAUAGUAAGGAAAAUGCUUGGAGGCUGAUCUGUUGUGAUAGUGCCUUUCUUGUCGUAGCAAGUACUAGAUAAAUAAUUUAUUCACUAAUGCUUUUCUGGACCAUUGCCCCCAGUCUUCUGAGGAGGUCUGAAGGGAUAGUAUCCAUUUAAGAUGAAGGGAUAGGAUAUUGCUCCUGGAAUGCUGUGAUUUGCUGAUAUUUGCACUAGAUUCUAAACUCUCCUUUAAACUGGAGCAACUGAAUGAGAGAAAAACCAAGGACAACUCAAUGUUAAAAGAAACCAAAAGCAGUAUUUUCUGACUUAUGCCAUUUCUCCCCUUCUUCUCUUCUCCUUCCUCUUCCCCCUCCCCUCCUAUCCUUUCUAUUUUUCUUUCUCCUUCCAAUGGAAGAAAACUUCCCAUUUGUUGAUUAUGAAGCUCAACUCUUACCAAUUCUUUUCCUUCUUUUAUUUUUUUCCCCACACUGCUCCAUCAGUGUGAAUCAGCCACCAGUUAAGAAGAGUUAUUGAGAAGAGCCUUUACCGUUACAACUUGCCCAUCAAGGGCAGGUGACCAUUGGCAGUAGGAGGUGGAGAUCCCCAAGAGCUACCCAGCUCUUAGGGAGGCCAGUAAGCAUGGUUAUCAUGUCAACAGUUAAGUGGACACAUAUUUGCUCAGAAGACAUUGGGCCCUGCAGCUCAUCCUAAAAGAUGCUCAUAAAGAGGAGACCAGUGUGGAAGCAAACAGAUGGAGGCAGUGCCUAAGGUUUGCCCAUUUUCCCCUUCUGUUCUCUUUCCCUUUUCACCACAGUACCCUCUCUGUCACAAUUAGUUUCAUCUCAUGUGUUACCAGAAAAACUCUUUGGUUCCUUGGUUUCUCUCUUUAUCAGUGGGCUGGGAACUCCUCCAAAAUUAAAAACAAAUACCAUUAGCAGCUCCCCAUGGCCAGCCAGUUUCUCAAAUACUAUCCACCAGGACUCAUUGAGCAGUGGAUAUCUCAACUAAGAUGACUUGGAAAUUUUGACAGGCUCAAUCACCUGUCUACUUUAUUUUCAUUUUGUUUCAAUUUCUAUUUGAAUUUUGAGUGAGGCUAUGGAAGGGUGGAAAUCAUGGGAAAGGUUUGGAGACUGCAAUUCUAGGGCAUAGCUUGUCAGGAGUUUAUAUGAUCCAAAAUAUAUCCUUCUAUACCUGUUUUAAUCUGUUGCCCUGAUUAUCAUUUCUAUUACAUUUGUGGUUAUUUUUGUAAGAAUAGAGUCCAUUUGCUAUGUCUAUUGGAGACUUUUUUUCCUAUUUUCCCCACAUGGAUGCAGUACCAACCUGUUAAUGAAAUAUCUUUUUAUUAUAUUAUUAAUAUGUAAUUCUACUGUAGACCAAAAAUAUAAAAACGAAAUCGUUCAUUUUAAAGAUAUAAAUAACUAAUGAGUAAGAGGUUAAGAGUUGAAAGAAAAGACAGAAGAGCAGUGGUUAACUAUGUUGAGUUAGAAAUCUAAGAGUAGCCUUACCUAUUUUUUAAACAGUGCUUGCCAAUCAUACCAUAGUUGGGAUUAUAUUAUCUUGGCUUCUUCAUGCUUAUGUUCUAUAAUUUCUUGUUUGUCUGUUUGUUUUCUUUGAUGUAAUUGAGGUUGUACAUCAUGCUAUUUUUGGCAAUGCCUGAUUUUAUUAUAUUGUACUUUUAUCAAGUCAUUUCUUUUAGAAGAACGAGGGGAAACAUUUUAUUUCUUCUUUUAAUUUAAAAUUUGUUUAAUGCACUGGAAAUAAAAUUGGACACAUUUCACUGUUUAAAAAUCAGAAACAAAACAAAACAAAACCAUGAAGAAAAAACUAGCAAGCAAAUAAGCAACAGGGGGAAAAAAACUAUAAAAAAAAAUCUGUUCAUACUGAAUAUACAUGCAAACUACAUCCCACAUCAAAGAUAAAUAUCAUUAGAAAGAAAAACACAUAGCCUAAACUAUAAUGCUAAAAAUAAUAAAGGAACCUGGGUUCGAUGAGAGUGGAGAAAACAAGGCAUUCCUUUGCAAUCAGAAAUCUUGUCAUUGUUCCAAUUAAUACCUAAACAGGUUAAAUGUGGAAAAGAUUAUGAAGGAAAUAACCUCAGCCUUCCUCAUACCACUGGAGUUCUGAGUUACUUUUUUUCCUAGGCUUCAGCUCCAUUUUGAGAAGAAAACAACACACACACACAUACACACACAAUGUGUGAGAAACUGUUUUGUAUGUAUGUGUACCAUAUACCUAUGGACACACUUCAGUCCUUUAACUGCUUAUGCGCUACCUCACACUUUUCUCUUCUGUGAGGAUUUUGAAAUGAUGGUCCUGCAACAUGGAAGACCGUAAAUGACUCAUUGAACAUUGACAUAUGCUAAAGAUGUUCUUGCUCCAGCCUGAUCUCCUUCUUUAGCAUUCCCCAGUACCAAAUGGGCUAGUUAACCCAUAUGAAUGCACAGUGGAAGGACAGAGGUAUUUCUCUUAAUCUACCAGCUACAUCAUUUGUUUAAUGUUUGCUGGGUUUUUCUGGGUUUUGUUUUGUUUUAGAAUAGGGGUGGGAGUAGAUGUAACUUCACAAUCUUAAUACAGUAAAUGUUUUGCAUCUUCCAUGUUUUAUGCAAAAACAGACAUUUAAAUCAAUAAAUAAUUGUGCCCUAGACUGAAAGUUAAUGUUUAGGAGAGGAAAAUAAUUGUUGGAAUUUUUUCUACAUUUUUUUGUGAAGAAUCUUUUUUGGAAAGGAAGGAUACAUAUUUUUGUUGUGUAAUAUUUUCUAUUUUUGAAUGCAUUUUAUUGGUACAAGACUGUUUUUUUGGUGAAGACAUUAUUUAAAAAAAAAAAAAGAAAAAAACUAAUCGAAAAGUUUGCCCUUAAGGAUAUGCUGCAGUUUUGAGGUUAAAAAAAAAAAAUAACUGAUUCAAGAUGCGUGUUAAAAGUUGGGAUUAUAUUGUUGUUUUUUGUAAUUGUUACAAGAAGAAGUUUGUACCCACUGCUGUUUAUUUUGUUUCAGAUGAGUAAGUAAAGGGAUUGUUCUUGUUUUAUUCUUUUUUUAGAGAAAAAAAAAAGCUAUUUAUGAAAUGUCAAAAACACUGGACUGUGAGUUUAAGUGUGGAAGCAUUUACCACCCUGUGUCUUCAACCAAUUAUGGGAAACCCCUUUUCUCUUCCCCUCCGCCUUAGCCUUGCCAAAUGAGAAAAAAAUAACAGCUCUCAGAUGAUCGAAGCCACCGAAGCCCUGCUUUAAUUUUAUGGUUUGAAAAAGUUGGAAAACCAAAGUUAAAUUUGUUUCUGAAAUCCCACUGUCCAUAGCCCUUUUUUUGUACGACACAGCCAGUUGGCUCUGCCUCUUCAUCUUGGAUCAUUGCCUUCUUAAGGACGGGGGCCAGCUCUUAAUGCAAAGAGAGGCGUAGAGGUGGUGAACCUGAGAGCUGAGGUCUCAGGAAGUAAAAUGUGAGUGGGACCUCAGCCUCAGGAGCAGCCACGCUGUCCCAUCCCCAGGCAAAACUGCCCGGAGAGCGCACUGCUAACCACACUCCUUCACCUUCUGCUUCUAAGACUCUCCUGUCACCAUGGCUCUCUAGAAUGGCUCUGCCUUUCUCAGUAGCCCAUUCUCAGUAGCCCACAUUCCAUGGAUGGGAGGGGGGCAAGGAUCCAAAUGAAAGAAGUGGCUGUGGGCGCUGUGAAAGCACCCCCCACCCACAAGGAGGCAAGGUAAGGGACCACUCAGCACAAGGGACCUUGCCCGCCUCCCCUUUGAUUCUGUAGAUUGUCCAUCCAUCUGCUCACUGUGAAGAUGGAGAGGCAGUGGGCCCUAGGCUGAACAAUAGCUUUUCCAUAUUUUUUCAACAUUGAAAAAAUAAUUUUUAAAAACUGUGAUAUUUUUUUAAAAAAUCAUUUGGCUGGAGGGAAGGGAAAAGGUAAACACCAAAAGCUGUAACAUGAUUAACUGGAGAUAUUUAACUGGGGCACUUUCUAGACCAAGACAAACAAAUUCCUUUCUGGACCCUAAAGCAGCCAAAUCUUGAGACUGUCAAUGACAGAAAGCUGAAGAGAGGCCUCCAUUUCCUCCUUUCUCCUUUCUUCUCUCUGUCUCAAUAUUCUCUCUUGUUCUCCUUUCCAGCUUCCUUUGGACUACUGCCCCAAUGACCCUCAGCCUCCCACUUCAUGUGUGCAAACACACACACACACACACACGUACACACACACACACACACACUUGCAAAAAACAUUUUUUCUUAAGGAGUGUGGGACCGAAUAAAAUCACGUGCCUUCAUUUUUUCCUUUUAUAGUUAGAUGAACCUCUUCCUUUAUACAAUGUCGUUUUUAAAAAAAAAUUUUUUUUUUUAAUAAGAUAGAGGAGGUUGAAGUUGUUAGUGGAGGACUUGGGCAUCAUUUGAGAAGUCAUUUCUGUUUAGCAUAUUAAACACAAACAUUUCAACCCUUUCACAACACUCUUUGGACAUUUAGAGCAUCAAGUAAACAGAUAUCCAAUGGCCUAAAUCCAUUUGAUUUUAGAGCAAUUCCUGAAAUUUCUAUUUCAUAGACUUUAAUCUUAUCAAAAUGAGGUGAGCAAAGGCAGUCUGCCUUGUUCUCCCGACUUGGUGCUUUUGCUUGCGGUGGGGUGGGCAGGGGGUGGGAGUGUGGGUAUGUUUAGACAAAGGGUGCAUUCCUAAAGACCUUUGGUGCUGAAGGGCCUCAAGUUCCUUUCAGAGACUGUAUUCGACACACUUUACGUACAUACAAAUGAAUGGUAUCACAUGCAAUAUUCGAAUGGAGCAAUGGAGAGGCUCUUUGAAAUGGGGUUUUGCAUCUUUUUGUGACAUUUUGAUUUCUCUGGUGCCUUAUUCCUACUUGAUGCUGGCACUCACAUACCCACAGGAAACUGACACAGAAGUCAGCCUCGAGAGUGGGGACUAUGGGUGAUACUUGAGCAUGCGGGGGCCACAAGGAGGUUGAUGUCAGUUGAUGGGGAAGAAGCUAAACAGCCUCUCUUAGCUGAAGUCAAGCAGGUACUGCACAAACCUAUUACAGUCAGAGUUCACAAUUCCAGCGUGUACACACACAACACAUUCAUUCUUCCUCAUCUGAGCUUUCCUUCCUUCUUCCUUUUCUAUCUCUACCUUCUCACAAAGGUGCUGCUGCUGCUGCUGCUGCUGCUAAGGUGCCCGGAGUCCAGAAUGCCCAGUAAUCACUCAGGCACAAGCCUGGCACUGCCACGUCAGCCCCUUGCACGAACAAACCCAGGUUUCUCUUGCUUGGGGCUGAGAACUGUCAGAUUUUUCUCAUCAAAAAUGUUUUCCAAGGAAUCAGUGGAUUACAGUUAUUCUGCAUUGAAAAUGCACUUUAAAAAUAUAAAUAAAAGCUCCAGACUGUUUAAAAUAUACAGAGGGAGCAGGGGAAAGAUAAACAUGUGCUAGUGUCUGAACCCAGUUCAGUUUAUCUCCAGUUGAAACAGAUACACUAUAUUAUGUAUAAAUGUAUACACAUUUCCUAUAUAUAUAUCUACAUAUAUAUAGUGUAUAUAUUAUACAUGUAUAGGUGUGUAUAUGUGCAUAUAUACACACAUGCACAUAACAAAAUCAGAUGUUCAUUACAAAUCCAGAUGCUCAUUACAAAACCAGAUGCUACACAAACAGCAGCAGAGGAAACAAGGUUGGACUCUUGCAACAGAUCACAAAAAAUAAAAACAGCCACUUGCAGUGACUUUGGUCAUUUCUGUAGGUUCAUAAGGAAUGAAUUGUAACAAAGAAAAAAGGAACAGUGUUAGUGAAAAAGGAAAAAUGGGCGAAACCAUCUUGAUCCAAUGGGAAUGCAGUAAUGUUCUAUACCAUUUCAUCAGUUAUUUCUUUUAGUCAUGUUGAUUUGAUUUCAGUUCUUGGCUAUUAAAAAAUAAAAAGUUUUCCACUCAAGUGAUCACAACCAACUGAACAAAACAUCGACAGUCAAAGCCCUUUUCAGAGGAAGAUGUCAGAAAACUCAAAACUCUUGACCUGGCUCAGAACUACCAUGUGCAAAUCAGUACUCUCUUAAUGUUUGAAAUAAAAACUGAAAAAAAAAAAAAAAAAAAAAAAA